AUGGACGGGACUCUCAAGUGCGGGGUCCACACUGUCUCCACUGUGGGGAUCACACUGUCUCUAGUGCUGGGAUCACACAGUCUCCAUUGCGGGGAUCACACAUUUGUCUCCAGUGCGGGGAUCACACAUUUGUCUCCAGUGCGGGGAUCACACUGUCUCCACUGCGGGGAUCACACAGUCUCCACUGCGGGGAUCACACUGUCUCCACUGCGGGGAUCACACUGUCUCCAGUGCGGGGAUCACACUGUCUCCAGUGCGGGGAUCACACUGUCUCCAGUGCUGGGAUCACACUGUCUCCAGUGCGGGGAUCACACUGUCUCCAGUGCGGGGAUCACACAUUUGUCUCCAGUGCGGGGAUCACACAUUUGUCUCCAGUGCGGGGAUCACACAUUUGUCUCCAGUGCGGGGAUCACACAUUUGUCUCCACUGCGGGGAUCACACAUUUGUCUCCAGUGCGGGGAUCACACAGUCUCCACUGCGGGGAUCACACUGUCUCUAGUGCGGGGAUCACACAUCAGUCUCCACUGCGGGGAUCACACUGUCUCUAGUGCUGGGAUCACACUGUCUCUAGUGCGGGGAUCACACAUCAGUCUCCAGUGCGGGGAUCACACAUCAGUCUCCAGUGCGGGGAUCACACUGUCUCCAGUGCGGGGAUCACACUGUCUCCACUGCGGGGAUCACACAUCAGUCUCCAGUGCGGGGAUCACACAUCAGUCUCCAGUGCGGGGAUCACACUGUCUCCAGUGCGGGGAUCACACUGUCUCCACUGCGGGGAUCACACUCUCCACUGCGGGGAUCACACUGUCUCCACUGCGGGGAUCACACUCUCCAGUGCAGGGAUCACACUGUCUCCACUGCGGGGAUCACACCGUCUCCAGUGCGGGUUCCACACUGUCUCCAGUGCGGGGAUCACACUGUGUUGACAUCCAUCCCAAUGCAGAGGUUCACACUGCCAGCCCCAACAUCUGUGUGUAGUCCAGCCUCUGCGUGGC